AUGAAGCUCACAUUCGCCCCAAUCCUCCUAACCGCCUUCGCAGUCCUCGCCAACGCAUCCACACCCGACGCCCAAGCCGAGCAAGCCAAACUCGACCAACUAGACGAACUCUCCAAAGGCCUGCCCCAAGCACCCGGGAGCCGGUUCGUGCAAGAAGGCAACCACCUCCUCAGCAUCAGCGCCGACAACAAGCUCCUCGGGAGCAAGAUCAUCGAGCCCCUGGAAGCGCGCGAAGCCUCGCGACAGGCACGUCGUCGUGGUGCGCCGGUUGCGAAGAGAGCUACUACGCUCGCCGGGCCAGAGCAUAAUAUCUUUGCGCGCGCGUUGAUGUGUGCGGAUUACCCGUGCGAUGAGGCCUCGGAUUGUUAUGCUUAUUGGAGCAUUACGCGCUCUGGGAGGAGGUUUAGAUGUAAUGGGUGUGAUCCCGGGUUGAAGAAGUGUACUUUGUAGGUGGGUGGGUGAGUGCUUGGAUAGGGGUAUGUGCGGUUUGUUUUGAUGGAGUGAGUUGGUGAGGUUCAGAUGUAGAGGCCGGUUUACAUUCGUUUUGC